AUGUCGCCGCCGCCGCCCAGUCUCAACACGCCCCUUACCAAACUCCUGGGAAUCAAGUAUCCCAUCAUGCUGGCCGGCAUGGCCCGCACCUCAGGCGGCCCCUUGGCCGCAGCGGUGUCGAAUGCUGGGGGCAUCGGGACCAUUGGGGGCCUAGGAUACACUCCGAAGCAAUUACAAGAGAUCAUCGACGAGCUGAAAGCGAACCUCGUCGACCAAUCCCUCCCGUUUGGCGUCGACCUCGCUCUUCCCCAAGUCGGCGGCAAUGCGCGCAAGACGAACCACGACUAUACGCACGGGCAGCUUGACGAGCUCAUCGAAGUGACAAUCAAGAACGGCGCGAAGAUCUUCGUCAGCGCAGUCGGGGUACCUCCGGUGCGCACCAUCCAACGGCUCCAUGAUGCCGGGAUCCUGGUCAUGAACAUGGUGGGCGCGCCCAAGCACGCCGAGAAAGCCCUGAAGGCCGGGGUGGACAUUGUCUGCGCGCAAGGCAGCGAAGGCGGAGGCCACACGGGCGACAUUGCGAACAGCAUCCUGAUCCCUGCCGUGGUGGACGUGGCCAAAAAGUACAAGAGCCCGUUGACAGGGGAGCCGGCGUUGGUGGUAGCGGCCGGUGGGAUCUACGACGGCCGCGGGCUCGCGAGCAGUCUGAUGCAGGGCGCCGUGGGCGUCUGGGUGGGCACCCGGUUUGUCGCCGCCGAAGAGAGCGGCGCCAGCAAACUGCACAAGGAGGCGGUCGUCUCGGCCGACUUCACAGACACCAUCCGCACCCUGGUCGUCUCGGGCCGCCCACUCCGCGCCCGGAUGAACGACUACUUGAGGAAGUGGGAGAGCCAGCCCGAGCGCAUCCGGGAGUUGACCGACAAAGGGAUUGUGCCCAUGCAGUAUGAUCUAGAGCAGGAGGAAGAGAUCGACAUGCCCUUCCUCAUGGGCCAAGUUGCCGCCAUCAUCAGGGAUGUCAAGCCCGCCAAAGAUAUAGUCGAGGACAUGGUUCGGCAGGCCAUCGAGGUGCUACAGUUGGGGACUUCCUAUAUUGAGGGGCCCCGGAGUAAACUGUGA